AUGAAGUAGUUAGAUGGGAAUGGCAGCCAUUCAAUAAUAAUAUUAUUCAUAAUGGGUCAGCUCUAAGAAUAGAAGCUUCCAAAGUUCUUAAAUACUAGAAUUCUAACCAGAGCUAUUAACUUGACUUAAAGUUAUGGAAACCCUUUCCAUUUAAUACGAAUAUUGGAUGGAAUUGGCACAAAUCUUGGAACAUCCCCGAACUAGAGUGUUAAUUAAAAGUAAUAUCACCACACUAUCACUUCUAGAUCGAUAAUGAUUUGGAUCAUCAUUGGCAAAUAUCUAUAUUGUCAAAACAUAAUUAUGAGAAAAUGGAAAUGGAGAGCAUAGGAUGCAAAGGCUGUUCUGAAGGUGUCUUCAGGAAUGGCAUCUCAAUAAUAAGAUAAUUAAAGUUCAAUACAACUUCAUACAAGAAUGAAUAUUCAAAAGUUCCAAAUAGUGGUGGUGGUUAGUUAAAUCAAUAGCGGCCAGUAAUCCGUUAUCGAUGCUAAAUGCUCCCCUUAUAUAUUUGUCGAUUCUCGGAAGCAUGCCAGACAACAGGCCCUCAAUAAUAAUAUUCAACUUAUUAUUGACCCAUUUUUACCAGAGAAUUUGGAGAAAUAAUUUGUAAAGAAGGAAAGAAAAAAUUAACCUAAAUGUUUAUUAAAAGUUGAUAAUACAAUCCAAGGGUUAAUUAAUUACUUCACAGCUCAGAACAUCAGACAUAAAAUCAAACACCCUUUAUUUCUAGCUCUUAAAUUCGAAAAAUGUGUCAAAUUGUACUUGAAGAAAGACCUUUUUGUAAAAAAUUCAAAGGAUGCCAUUUUAAGAGUGUAGAGCAUUCUGAUGCAAUCAAGUUAGGAGAGAAGGGAUUCCAAUAAAGAAAUGGCCUUACUCUUUUAAGUUGAUUAAACUAACGAAUAGGAAUUUAAGAAGGUUUAUGAAAUAUCUCAAAUUUUUGAAAAUGAUAUAUUUAUGCUCUUCUUGAAAGAGGAUUAGAUUCCUGAGGGUUAUAUUCCCAUUGAAGAUAUUUCAAGAAUAAAUGUAUCCUAAUUUAAUAAAUUAAAAAAGCUUAAUCAAUUAUUAAUCUAAAAAUUAAGAGGAAUAAUUGAUAGUUAAAUAAACUAAAUUGCUGGAAUAGAAUAAUGA